AUGAUAGCAUUUCUCGAAAUUCUGCGUAUCAUUCUUGCUUACUUUUUACUUUUUCUUGAGAAGCUCCCGUACAACGUGCAAAUCUCUGGAAAAAUAAGCUUUUCGUCAUUUUGCCUCGCACUUCCAGCCUUUGCGUGGCGUUUUGCUUGUUUACUUCUUCUGGCCAGCGGGGCGAGACCGUUCAGCCACUUUGACGUUUUGGGUUCGUUUUUUUGGUGGUUUCUGACGCGAAGCACGACCGCGACCCAGCGUAAAAGGACAGAUUUCUGUUUUUGGGUUGAAACUGCGGGACACUUUCCCAAAACGGAAGGUGUAACAACGGUUAGGACUGUUUUUGUUUUUGUUUUUCAUUUUCUGGAAAAAAACCGUGCUGCUUCCGGGAUGUAUGGGCUAUCGCGGUCACGAAAUGCAGUCAUACAAAAAAGCUGUUUACCCGAACUGAAAGACGGGGCUCGUUACCCGAAGAUGGUGUGCCGAUCUUUCCAUUUCGUUUUGUCUUCCUGGUAA